AUGGGCCACCAACCUCACAACGGAGCGAUUGGAUACUCCUUCUCUCAACCCCAUACAGCUGCCGCAGGCAACAAGCAGCAUUCUUUUUACCCAUACACGGAUAAUGGUGGUUCCACUCUAGGCAUCACGGGCGCCGAUUUCGCCAUUCUCGCCGGUGAUACCCGUUCGGUUGCAGGGUACAACAUCAACUCUCGCUACGUUCCCAAGGUUUUCAAGAUCGGUGGUGACGAUGAGACCGGUGAUGGUGCUCAUAUCAUCCUCUCGGUUGUGGGCUUCGCUGCAGACGGUCAAGCUCUCAAAGAACGACUGGAUGCAGUAGUAAAGAUGUAUAAGUACCAACACGGAAAGCCCAUGUCUGUCGGGGCAUGUGCUCAGCGCUUGUCGACCAUUCUUUACCAGAAACGAUUCUUCCCCUACUACGUGACUGCUAUUCUAGCCGGCCUUGACGAGGAGGGCAAAGGUGCCUUAUACAGCUACGAUCCCGUCGGUUCCUACGAAAGAGAGCAAUGCAGGGCGGCAGGCUCAGCAGCGAGCUUGAUCAUGCCCUUCUUGGAUAACCAGGUCAACUUCAAGAACCAGUACAUCCCUGGAAGUGGAGCGGGACAUGCCCUCGAAGCAAGGAAGCCGGAGCCACUACCAAGAGAAACGGCCGAACAGUUGGUGCGAGAUGCAUUCACCAGCGCGGUGGAGAGGCAUAUCGAGACUGUCUCGAAGCGGGAACUGCACACCAAGGAUGAUUCGAAACCAAAAACACAGAAGGAUUCUAUAAGCCCUGACGGCGGCGAGUCCUACAUACCAGAAAACAGUGAAAAUGAUGUCCGGUCGCAUGGCUCAGUGCCCAAGCAGGCCAUUAAUGAGCAGGCUCGAGGGGGCACGUCGAAUCGACAUUUGAUGGACCGUUUACCUCACAUGUCACAGCUGCAUCGACCUACAAAGGAGGAACUCCUGGCCGCAGCCACUGGUUUCUGGUCGAGGCUCAAAGUACGUUUUAAGUGGUUCUCAAUUCGGAGCGUCCGACCCUUCAAUCUCGACGAGAUAACGGCCCUUUUUUCGUGGGUGCUGUUGGGUCAUGUGCUAUGGAUUGUCUUAGGGACCACGACAUUUUUCUCUUUGCUGAUUCUUGCGAUCAACACCGUCAUGGCUCAGGAAACCCUUGCCGGUUGGGUAGGAAAUUACCUGACGAGAUCCUCCGGUGUGAAGGUAGUGUUUGAAUCUGCAAUUGUACCCCGGUGGGGAGACGGUGUCAUCACUUUCAAGAACGUUUUCGUCUCCAGACGGCCAGGUCAGGGUGCUGGUCAUGUGAGUAAAGGCUCCUCGAAGACUGCUGCUGCUGUGGCCGCAGCUGCGGCUCUCAACGAACAACCUAGCUCCGACGUAUCGGAACAGCGACCGUUGUCUGAAGAAGAAGAUAUGAACUACACACAGUUCGACUUGUCGAUCGAAACCGUCAACGUCACCCUGUCGUUCACGAAAUGGUUCAAUGGUAAAGGACUUCUUCGUGAUGUCGAAGUGAAGGGGCUACGGGGUGUGGUGGACCGUAGGCAUGUCUACUGGCCAAAUGUCGACUUGGACCCAAAAUCCUACCGGCAUGAGCACAACCCUGGCGACUUUGAGAUCGAUUCAUUCAAGAUGAAUGAUGUCCUGGUCUCGGUUUACCAGCCGGACAAUUUUAGACCAUUCUCCGUUAGCAUAUUUUCCUGCGAUCUCCCGCAGCUGAGAAAGCAGUGGCUCUUCUAUGAUUUUAUGUCUGCUAAUAUGAUGUCCGGGUCAUUUGACAAUUCCUUGUUCACAAUUCAUCCUCGCCAAACCCACGGUUUUACGGGCGCCCGAUUGGGUGGCCAGGAUGACCGGGAUGGCAAGCCAAAUCCUUGGAAGAAACAUAGCAGGGUUCGCAUCGACGGGUUGAAUAUCGACCAUCUGAAUCGUGGGGUACAGGGUCCCUUUUCCUGGAUUCAUGAAGGAACAGUCGAUAUUGUUGCCGACAUCAUGUUCCCGGCCGAAAAUGAUGAAAGCCUAACCAAGGUAAUGACCGAUCUAUACGAUCGACUGGAAGCCACCGUGACGUCCAACCGGUAUGACGACUCGGUCUCCCAUAGCGCAGAUCAGACUGGCGAAACCGUGACCAGCGAUCAGAGACGGUUCUUGAUCACCGACCUCCGGCUCCAUUUGAACAACGUUAGAGCGGUUGUGCCUCUUUUUACACGAGAUCUUUCCUAUAUCAAUAAUGCCUUAAUACGCCCCAUGGUCGCGUACAUCAAUUCACGGCGAACUUUCAUUCCCGUCAACUGUCGCCUCGUCAAGCGCCUUGGCGAUUUCGAUGGCAGCUGGACCACCUUUGACAGUGGUUUGAUGGAUGACCUUUCGGCGGCGGUAUACGAUGCAUUUGCGCGAGACGUAGUCGAUGACCAGGCACGCAAGCGACGGUUCAAGAAAGUUGGUUUCUGGUCUCUUCAGCUAGCGGCCCAGGCUAUUUUCAUGGGAAUGGCUGGCAACAUAGCAUGA